AUGGAUUAUACUCGAUCGGCCAUUAUCUACUUGUUAUCAUUGAAGAUGAAUAAACUAUAUCUAUGUGAAAAUAAUUUUAAAUUUCGUAUUAUGUGUACUGCUGUUCUAUUUGUUAUCAUCUUCUUAUUGUACACUCAUUUUCAUCAUUCAAAAUCAUUCACUAUUGCCAGUAUUUCACGUUUAUCACUUAAAGAUACACCUCUUAUUAAACCAACGUCUCAUGUAUAUUUUCCAGGCAAUCAAAGUGAACAUAUAUUUGAUUUUGUCGUUGUUAACAAUACGCUUGAUCCAUCUGUUGAUGCAUACUUAUUUUUAAGCGGAUCUUUACUAUUUUGGCCCUAUAUUCAAUUUUAUUGUAUUUUUAUACACACAGGUAUCAAUACCACAGGAUCAGUUGACAUGAAAUGGACACAAAUACAAAUUACAUGUCCGAUACCAAAAGCAGAGCUCAAUCAACGUCAAAUAUCGGUAUUAUUUAUGAAUCAAGUAACAAACAAAUCAAUUUUCAAUACACAAAUAAAUAUACCCAUUUACUCCCGGGCAUAUCACAAUAUAUCCAUUUAUACAAUGAUUAAAAAUAAAAGUGAAGAACUAGUCGAAUGGAUCGAAUAUCAUCUUCUUUUAGGUAUUGAACAUUUUUAUUUGUACGAUAAUCUAAGCGAAGAUAUGAUCGAUAACGUUUUAAUACCUUACAUGAAUAGUAAUAUCGUAACACUCAUCCGAUGGCCAUUUGCACCAUAUCCAGGUAAACACUGGAACUCAAUCCAAACAUCAUCCAUGAAUCAUUGUUUAAAAAGUUUUGGACCGUUUAAUCGUUGGAUCGGAUACUUUGAUGUUGACGAAUAUUUUCAACCAAACGAUGAAAUAAUUGAAAAAAUAUUCAAUAAAUCAAGAACACUAGCUGAAUUGUUAGAUGAGAAUUUUGAAGAACAGAUGUAUCCUGGAGCUGUUCAAUUUAUAAACUGGUCAAUUUCUUGUUUUCUAUCACGAAUCGAUGUAUUAAAAAGUCGAUAUCAUUUGAAUAUUGAAAAAUGUAAGUUCAUUACUAAGCAGUCACCACCAAAAAUGUUUAUUCGACCGCGAAAUGUACCAGCAAUGCACAAUAUUCAUGCUCUAGAAUCAGGACUGAAAUUUAAAACUGAUACUACUUGGAAGGAAUUUGGUCGAUUUCGCCAUUAUAAUGGAGGAAAUCACGGUGACAUUUUACCCGUUGAAAAUACCAAUAAUAAUUCUAAUUUUGUUGUUGAUAAAACAAUAAUGAAAUAUGUGAUAUUAUUAAGAGAAAAGAUCAUCAGAUACAGAUAG